AUGGAGGGGGACGUCAUGGACAAGCUGGAGGACAUGGCAUCUGUGUACGAGUUCGACCCGAUCACGGGCAACAUUCCCGCCACCAAAGUAGAAAUCACCGUCUCCUGCAGGAAUCUGCUGGACAAAGACACAUUCUCCAAGUCAGAUCCAUUGUGCGUCCUCUAUACCCAGGGAGUGGAGACCAAACAGUGGAGAGAGUUUGGCAGAACGGAGGUGAUAGACAAUACGCUAAACCCGGACUUUGUUCGAAAGUACAUCCUGGACUACUUUUUUGAGGAGAAGCAAAACCUGCGCUUUGACUUGUAUGACGUUGACUCCAAAAGCCCAGACCUGUCCAAACAUGUGAGUGCACGUACCUUUGACUUUUUGGGUCAGAUGUUCUGCACUCUCGGGGAGAUCGUCGGAUCACCAGGCAGCCGACUGGAGAAGCCACUGGGAGGGAUCCCAGGGAAGAAAUGUGGCACCAUCAUUCUGUCUGCAGAGGAGCUGGGAAACUGUCGAGACAGUGCCACUAUGCAGUUCUGCGCCAACAAGCUGGACAAGAAGGACUUCUUUGGCAAGUCAGACCCUUUCAUGGUUUUCUACAGAAGCAACGAAGAUGGAACGUUUACUAUCUGCCAUAAAACAGAGGUGGUGAAGAACACGCUGAAUCCAGUGUGGCAGUCUUUCACCAUCCCAGUAAGAGCCCUCUGCAACGGAGACUACGACAGAACAAUCAAAGUGGAAGUGUAUGAUUGGGACAGAGAUGGCAGCCACGACUUCAUUGGGGAGUUUACAACAAGCUACCGAGAGCUAGCUCGAGGGCAGAGCCAGUUCAAUGUCUAUGAGGUGAUUAAUCCCAAGAAGAAAAUGAAGAAAAAGAAAUAUGUCAACUCUGGAACAGUGACCCUGCUCUCAUUCUCAGUGGAGUCAGAGUGCACAUUCCUCGAUUACAUCAAAGGAGGUACUCAGAUCAAUUUCACUGUGGCCAUCGAUUUCACAGCAUCUAAUGGUAACCCGUCCCAGUCCACCUCGCUGCACUACAUGAACCCCUACCAGCUGAACGCCUACGCCAUGGCCCUGAAGGCUGUCGGGGAGAUCAUUCAGGACUACGACAGUGACAAGAUGUUCCCUGCUCUGGGGUUCGGAGCCAAACUGCCCCCCGAUGGACGGGUCUCACAUGAAUUCCCACUGAAUGGCAACAUGGAAAACCCUUACUGCAACGGCAUUCAGGGCAUCUUGGAGGCAUACCACCAGAGUCUGAAGACUGUUCAGCUGUACGGCCCGACCAAUUUCGCUCCUGUGGUCAACCAUGUUGCCAGGUAUGCUGCAGCAGUGCAAGAUGGAUCUCAGUACUUUGUUCUCCUCAUCAUCACUGAUGGCGUCAUAUCAGACAUGGCCCAGACAAAGGAGGCCAUUGUCAAUGGUGCCAAGCUCCCUAUGUCCAUUAUCAUAGUUGGAGUGGGUCAAGCUGAAUUUGACGCUAUGGUAGAGCUGGAUGGUGAUGACAUACGGAUUUCAUCCCGAGGGAAGCUGGCAGAGAGAGACAUUGUUCAGUUUGUCCCCUUCCGAGAUUAUAUGGAUCGGACAGGCAACCAUGUGUUGAGCAUGGCGCGGCUCGCUAAAGAUGUGUUGGCAGAGAUCCCUGACCAAUUCAUCUCUUACAUGAAGAGCCGAGGGAUCAAACCCAACCCAGCGCCACCUCCCUACACACCGCCUGGACACACACACCACCACACACAGAUCUGA